GACCGCGGCGUCGCGCAGGAUGGAGCCGGAAGAUGGGAUGGCCCUGUCGCGGCUGCAGAAGCUGCCUCAGGAGUGGGGCUUGCAGUUUCUUCACAAAAUAAUUGAUGGCAUCUGUGGCCAAGCUUAUCCGCUUUACCAGGAUUAUCACAGCAUCUGGAAUUCUGCAGAAUGGACACUUGUUCUAGAAGAUGUUACCAAGUUUUUCAAAGUUGUAGUUGGUAAAAGUUUAUCUGAUGAAGAGGUACUCCAGCAAUUGAAUCCGUUAAAUUCAUUUCAUCAAGAAGCUAUUAUGAAAUGCUUGAGAAGUAGGAAAGAUGAAAUCAAGCAGGCUCUAUUAGGAGAAAUAGUUGACAUUUCGUCUGCUCAUCUACAGGAUUUUGAUUGGCAGUUAAAGCUUGCACUUUCUAGUGACAAGAUUGCUACUUUACAAAUGCCACUUUUAAGCCUUCAUCUAGAUGUUAAAGAAAAUGGUGAAGUGAAACCAUAUUCUGUUGAAAUGAGUAAAGAAGAGCUCCAAAAUCUAAUCACUUCCUUGGAAGCAGCUAAUAAGGUGGUCCUGCAGUUGAAAUAGCUGGAAAUUAUGGAUAACAACAUGCUUAGAUGUUACUGCUACCUGGGAUAAGGCAGAGUGAAGACUGUGUUCAAACACCCUGCUGUGGUUGAAUGCUCUCCAGGCUGAGAGAGCAGCAGUGCUGAUGCGUAAAAGAUAAAAAUCUAUCACUGUCCUUAAAGAACAGAGAUUAUAUGGUUGAUAGGAAUGCAAAAAAUGCAAGAUGAAAAGCUAUGUAACAGUUAAUAUUUUCUUAAUGAUUGUUUUAUCUUCAUUUAUUAAAUAUGUGGGAAAUCUUACAACAGUCUAAUUGAAAGCUAAAAAUAGGUUCUAAAGUAAUGUCAACAUAGAAAGCACAAACAUAUUUGAAUGUUGUUUAUAUCAUUAUGCAAAUAUUAGAGACACAUGUUAUGAUAUAGAAUUAAUUUGUGAUAUUUAAAGUAACUUUUUUAAAGAAGGUAUAAGCUACAUUUAUAACUCAGGAGAUUCUGUAUCUUUUCUCAUAUUUCAAGAAAAGAUU